AUGCAUGUGGAAACUGGACAUAUUGACCCAACGCAUAAGUACCUCGCUCAACGGAGCCGUCGUGUUAUAUAUAUGAAGUCAGAAACUAGACUAGCACACGUCAUCAGCUUUGACCAAGCAGCGGUGUUGAAGUUGAUUCCUGGUCGGGUGUUUGCUCGCGCUCAAGUCGUGUGUAGCAGUAAAAGUAAGACACGAUUACCGUUGCCCUUGUUUGCAGCUUGGUGA